AUGGCCGUUCUCGACGAUGACUGUCUUCUCUCUGCAAUAAUCGCCCAAGUCAAGCUUACCUCGAACUCGAACACAAUUCUCCACGCCUGUCUCCUUGUCUGUCGCCGAUGGAAAGAUGCCACGCUUCCUUACUUGUACGGCACGACUGUCCUUACCGACACCAACUUUGUGUCUUUUACCGCUCAAUUCAAUCCAGAAUACAGCCCACUUAUCAAGUCGUUGACCCUUCGCUUUGGAACCACUACUAUCAAUAAAACACUGCAGUUGUUUACUCCUAUCAUCGGCAUGCUCAAUCAACUCACCACUUUCUCCCUCUAUCCUACUCCAGAAGUGGCCUAUGAAUGUAUACUCGAGGGUUACAUGCUGACGCCCUUGAUAAAGACUCUGCCGGAGAGCUGUAUCAAUCUCGAACUUGAACUAGAGAAUAGAGAGCUUCUCGAAGCUAACUUAACUGAUCCUCACUUGUGUGUCGCCAUUCGCGCUGUCCUUCCACGCAUGCGCCAUGUUCGGCUUAAACUAGACACCAUCUUACGUGAUAGCAAGGGCCGGGAAUUCAUGUCACACAUACGUACUAUGAUGCCUGUUGUGGAAGGCGAAAUAUGGAAGAGUGUUAGAGGUGGCGCAAGAGUACCUACCGCACUGCUUGCAGAGAAGAAGCAACGCGGCUUUGUCGCGACAUGUCUAGCGGAGAAGCUGCAGAUUAGGAUGUCCAGCGAAUGGAGAAGAGAAUACCCGAAGAGGGCGUGUUUGCUCUGGCACAAUGAGAAGACACUAGGAAUGUCACUCCUGGCAGCGGAGAAGAGGGAAGGAGUCGAUUUUCUAUCGCAGGUGCCGAUUGUUGAGAAGACGCCGCAGGGUUGGACAAGAAAUGGGGACCAUAGGGAAGUACUUGAACGGGAAUGA